GAAAACGAAAUUAAUAGAAUUGAGAACUCUGGAUUCCCGUUACUCCUCUUCUCUAAAUUCCCCAAAUUCUCUGUGAUCCUCAUCCAAGUUCCUGCUAGGGUUCCACAAUUCAAUUAAGUUCGUUCCCAAUUCGCUCUCUAAAUCAUGGCGACUGCGUCAGUGGCCUUUAAGUCAAGGGAGGAUCACCGAAAGCAACUUGAACUAGAAGAGGCCCGUAAGGCUGGGCUCGCGCCGGCUGAAGUGGAUGAAGAUGGAAAGGAAAUCAAUCCUCACAUUCCCCAGUAUAUGUCUUCUGCGCCUUGGUAUCUCAAUGCGGAGAGACCGAGUUUGAAGCAUCAAAGGAAGUGGAAAUCUGAUCCAAAUUAUACCAAGUCGUGGUAUGACAGAGGUGCAAAGACUUUUCAAGCUGAAAAAUUCAGGAAGGGUGCUUGUGAAAACUGUGGGGCUUUAACACACGACAAGAAGGCUUGUGUGGAAAGACCACGAAAAUUAGGAGCCAAAUGGACAGGCAAGCAUAUUGCCCCAGAUGAGAAGAUAGAGACCUUUGAGCUUGAUUAUGAUGGGAAGAGAGAUCGAUGGAAUGGAUAUGAUGCUGCAUCUUAUAAACAUGUUAUUCAGAGAUAUGAAGCCAAGGACGAAGCAAGAAGCAAAUAUUUGAAGGAUGAACAGCUCAAGAAGUUGGAGGAGAAAAAUAAUAAUCAAAACAAAGAAGACGGUGUUAGUGAUGAUGAGGAUAAUGAAGACAAUCUAAAAGUUGAUGAGGCCAAGGUUGAUGAGAGCAAGCAAAUGGACUUUGCAAAGGUUGAGAAGCGUGUGCGUACUACAGGUGGUGGUAGCACAGGAACUGUCAGGAAUUUACGUAUUAGAGAGGAUACUGCAAAAUAUCUUCUCAAUCUUGAUGUUAACUCUGCCCACUAUGACCCCAAGACCCGUUCUAUGCGUGAGGACCCUCUUCCAGACAUGGAUCCAAAUGAGAAGUUCUAUGCUGGAGACAACCAGAAUAGAGUUAGUGGUCAAGCUUUGGAGUUCAAACAGCUGAAUGUUCAUGCUUGGGAGGCAUUUGACAAGGGUCAUGAUGUUCAUAUGCAAGCUGCUCCUUCACAAGCCGAGUUGCUUUAUAAAAAUUUCAAGAUCAACAAGGAGAAGUUAAAGUCCCAUACUAAAGAUAAAAUCAUGGAGAAGUAUGGUAAUGCUGCUGCUGGCGAAGUACUUCCACGAGAACUUUUACUGGGCCAAAGCGAGCGGGAGGUUGAAUAUGAUCGUGCGGGUAGGGUCAUAAAAGGCCAGGAGAUGGCUCUUCCAAAGAGCAAGUAUGAAGAAGAUGUUUACAUAAACAACCACACAACUGUUUGGGGCUCAUGGUGGAAAGAUCAUCAAUGGGGUUACAAAUGUUGCCACCAGACAGUAAGGAACAGUUAUUGUACUGGUGCUGCUGGUAUUGAGGCUGCUGAAGCUUCAGCAGACCUUAUGAAAGCUAAUAUAGCUCGUAAGGAGGCUACUGAAGAAGCACCUGCAGCAGCCGAGGAGAAAAGAAUGGCUACAUGGGGAUCAGAGGUACCUGACGAUCUGGUUCUAGACCAGAAAAGACUUAGUGAGGCACUUCAGAAGGAGGAUGAACGGAAGAGAGAGGAGAGGGAUGAAAGGAAACGGAAAUACAACGUGAAGUGGAACGAUGAGGUUACACCUGAAGAUAUGGAAGCUUUCAGGAUGAAGAGGGUCCAUCACGAUGAUCCAAUGAAGGAUUUCCUGAAUUAAUUGGUGUUUGAAGAACACAAAUCCAAACUUGGUUGCAAGCUGAAAGAAUUGCAGUUUUAAGUUUUAGAGAGUGCUAACUUUGGUUCUUCGUUCUUGUACUUGCUUCAUCUCUUGUUUUAUGCAAAUCAAAAUGUUAACGGAGA